AUGCAGUUCAUCGUUGCUGUUGGAGGCAACUCGCUUACGAUGUCUGUUCUACUUGGUCCUCAUAUGAAAAAUAGAGCAAAUCUACUGCUGGCGUUUCUUGCUUUCUGCGAUAUACUCGUAUUUGUGAUGAUGUUUCCGCACUAUCUCGCUUCUCUGGAUCUCUUUGCAAACAAUCUGGAGUUUCGUUAUAUAUACUACCUCACAAAAAGGCAUCUUGGGGCGUUGACUAACUGGUUCUCAGCUGCAGCAAUUUGGUUUGUGCUCGCCAUCUCUAUUGAACGUCUGUUGAUUAUCAAAUUCCCUUUCCGCUCAUUGGAUAAUUAUAAUUCUCGUCAAAUCGUUUUCGUGUCGCUAUGCAUUUUAUGCGCUACAUUUGUAUUGACAAGCUAUCAUCACGUCUCGCAUACCUGCAAGACAUGGUCUGUCUGCUCCGGAACUCAGCUAAUAGGCCUGUGUUUCUCAAAUGUGCUUCAAUACUGGGGGAAACAGAAGAAUCCGACGUCGGAGUUUGUUCGAGAGUGGAUCGAGUUGUCCGUUUUUUUAAACGCAGCCUUUGCUGUAUUAUUACCUGUGUUUGCCGUGGGUGCGAUAAAUAUUUCACUCAUCAAAUUGAUGAAGAAGAGGAACUGUGAGGAGUUGCUCGUCAAUUCGGUAAAUGUUAAUCCGGAAGCAAUCCAUGAGCAAGAGCGAAAGAUGACAACAACAGUGUUGGCCAUUGUUACUUGCUUCACGCUCACACAGGGUCCAUCUGCCAUAGUGUUCGUCUAUCAAAUACUCUACGGAUCCACUAGCAAUCUGCAAAUUGCAUCUGUAGUCGCCAAUCAGUUGGUCCUUACUGGAAAAAUGCUCAAUGUUGUACUAUUCUGCAUGACUUCUUCAACGUUCAGAAGGAAAGAUGAUCGUCUGGAUAUUGGCGAAGCACACAAAAAGGCCAUUCAUCGCGCGCAGAGACUGGACGGUUUUGCAUUCGCCUGA